AUGGCAUUGAAUGCGGGGCAACAAGAUUCUGCCGCCUCAGGGUUUGACAAGGCGAAAGCAGCAGAGGGCCAGGAAUCGACAAAGAAAGUGCUCCCACCAGUCCGAACCCUCCCGUCGGGCCCCCUACCGCCCUACGAGUCUCUGGAUGCGAUUUCUCCGCCAGCAAUACCAGAAGAUUUUCACGAUAUCGGUCGGUCCAAGCCCCUCUCUGACCUCCAUUCCGACCGUACCCCAUCCGAUUUGAGCGACUACUCGGACCACAACACUACCAAGUACACCGACUCGGUCGUCAAAGGCGCCGCACUUUUUCUCGAAUUUUACGGCUUAUCCUACACCCCCCACGCCGACAACACCGCGAGAAUGGCUUCCCCUCAGCUGAUUUUUGUCGAUGGCACCUUCGCCGAGCUGGCCCAGGAGAUGGCCGACUACAUCCAGGCCAACUCGGCCAAGACUGAACAUGCCGUCCAGGUUGGCGACGAGGUCAGACCCCUGUUGGAGAAGGAGAAGAACGAGGAUGCUCUCGAGGCUAUCGUCAAGGCCUCCGGCGUAUUGAAUACGGUUCCCGAAAAGGAGUUCACUGGUGCCAUCAACCUCCUUAUCCACCUUGUCCUCCAGUCCAACGAGCCCAAGAGACAUCUUCCUGCUGUCUGCAGCAACCUUCUCAAGCCCAUCACAUCCUCGCCAAGCCACGGCUUCACCCUUGCCGCGAGCGCCCUCAGCACCAUCUUCAACCUCCUGGAUAAGACGAACCCUGUCCGGUACAAUGUUUUCUUGCAGAUCAUCCGCUUCAUUCGCCAACACGGCCAGUACGAGCUUCUCAAGCCCCGGUUAAAGAACUUGGAGGCGUGGUUUGCCGAUUGGGAGACCAACGCGGAGGAUCAGCGCAAGCUCUAUAUCGAUGUGGCUGAUGCCGCUGCUGAGGCUGGCGAUGAUGAGGAGUCAUACCACUACAUUCUGAAGGCCCUCUCCACCUUUGAGCGCGAGGAAGCCGAGGGCGAGGAGGCCCAGAAGUAUUCUCUCAAGGCUCUCAAGAUGGCCAUUUCUUCCCCCACCCGGUUCGACUUCCAGGAUCUCCGUGCCCUCCCAAGCGUUCAGGCGCUUAGCGACUCUCAGCCCGUCUACUCUCAGCUUCUCGACAUCUUCACUGAGCAAGAUCUUGAGGACUACAACGACUUCAGAGAGGAGCACGAGGGUUGGAUCGAGAAGGAGAAGCUUGACCACGAGAAGCUGCAGCGCAAGAUGCGCCUGCUUACUUUCGCCAGUCUCGCCGCCAGCACGCCCAACCGCGAGAUCCCGUACGCCAACAUCGCUAAGGCUCUCCAGAUCCCCUCUGAGGACGUUGAGAUGUGGACAAUCGAUGUUGUCCGCGCCAAGCUUGUCGAGGGCAGACUGUCUCAGAAGCAAAAGGUCUUCCUUGUCCACAGAACCACCUACCGUGUUUUCGGUGAGAAGCAGUGGCGCGAGUUGGGCACGAGAAUCGACCAAUUCAAGCUGGUUGUUGACCGUCUCACCAGCACUGUGCGCAGGGCCCAGGCUGAGGUUGAGCAGGCGAGGAAGGCCGAGGAGGAGCAGCUUGCUAAGAAGCUCGCUGGCGCUGGUAUCAGCAGUGGUAACCCGGGCGACCGUCGCCGCCAGCCAAGGCAGCGGACGGAUGAUGAUGAUUGA